UAAAGGAAGUAAUUUACACAUUGCCAAUAGCACUAACAAUCCUUUAAGAGAGGUCAAAAUAUGCAAAAAUUGCCCUUACUGAAUAAGUCAUGCAACAGAGAUAUGGUGAUAGAUAUUGCAAAAUCAGUCAUUAACAGCACAUAAUAUGUAAAUUAUUUCUUGAGUUUUGAAUAUUUUUACUUUUCUUACAAACUAAUAUAUUGUUAUCAAAUAGAGAGAAAUAAAAAUCCCUAAAGAAAGCCCAACACAUCAAUACUGAAAAUGUUGCAGACUCGGUUUGAUUGAGCCUGUUCAUGGACGGUACUGGUAAGUGCAAACUACAGUCAACGCCCCCUAGCACCGGCUUAAGCAGAAUCUAACAUUUAACAUGAACUGGUUAGGAAUUUUGAAACAUCAGCAGAUGUGUUCAUAUGGCGGUCAUGGAACCUUCAAUGUGACACGUUAGUGCCAUUCCAUGAAAAGCGGCAUAUGGUCCCAAAGUAAAAUAAUGCGUGGGCCCUAAACAAGAAAAACAAUGGGCGUAACUAAAUAAAAUGGAAAUUUGAAAGGGGAUCAGAGGGUAUGAAGCCUGCAUAUCACAGAUAUGACAUCAAAAGACAAAUUUAAAAAGCAGGCCACAUAUCCUAAGGGUGAUUUUCUUAAAGUUUGAUUUUCUUAAAAUUUUUUGGCUCAUCAGUGGAGGCAUGCAGCUUUAAGCAAUGUGCAAAUAUAGCGGUAAUAACAUUCCUACUCCAUCAGUAUAGGUCCAGGCAAAUUCUUUUUUAAGUCUAAUCUAUAACAGAAAUUCAGUCAAGAUUAUACAAUCAUGAUUGUAAUCACUACAAUUGGGUAUUUUCAAAUUCAAUGCAGAAUAUAAUAUACAAAAUAAUGAUGGACAGGUGAUAUAUGACAUUUCUAUUCCAUUUCAGGUCAAUACCACACAGUUUAAAUUGUAUGAAGAAACUGACGUUCAUUUCACUUAUCACAAUAAUGAUCUUUCAUAUUUUACGUCUGCAAUUCAUCUGUAUCGAACCUGACCUUGACAGCAUAGAAGAUCGUAACUUACGUAAAAUGAUCAUGCUCGGUAAAAAUCUGGAGGACGAAAGAACAUGUAGGAAAGAAAUUCCUAAAUGUAUCAUAGUAGGUGUGAUUAAAGGUGGGACAGAGGCGUUUUCUACAUUCCUUGCAUUACAUCCUCAAGUUGCCAUGCAGUUCAAAGCGAAACCUACGCUAUAUUUCACUGAUAUCAAUUAUAAGAAGGGAAAGAGUUGGUACAAGAAUCAAAUGCCAUGCUCCAAACACGGGCAAAUUACUAUAGAAAAAUCCCCCCAGUACUGGGGAUGGAAUCAUGCACCUUCACGAAUACAUUUAUUUUAUCCAACCAUGAAAGUAAUAUUGGUCGUUCGAGACCCAGUAUCACGUGCUACUUCACACUACCUUAAACAGAUUUAUUCAAAUCCUGAUGAACUACAAGGCAAAACUUUCGAGGAGAUGAUAACAGAUGGGAAUGGAGAAAUAAACACAAAAAGCCGCGUCUUACAACUAUCAGCUUAUGCACCUAUUUUAAAACAAUGGCUGAGACAUUUCAAGCAAAAUCAAAUCUUAAUUGUUGACGGAAAUAACUUAAACAAAAAUCCUGUUAUGGAGUUACGUAGAGCAGAGCGAUUCCUGAAUUUAACAUCUUAUAUAAAUAGAGACAUGUUCGUUAAAAACACAGAGAGAGAUUUAUACUGUAUUAAGUCAAAGUGUGGAAAAGAAUAUUGUCUGCCAGAGAGUAAAAGCAGUGGUCAUCCUGAUAUAGACGAGAAAGUACUUGAAAAACUGAAAAAAUAUUUUGAUCCUCUCAAUGAAGAAUUUUUUAAAAUAACAGGUAGAAAAUUUGUGUGGUAAAAGAAGUGG